CUUUUGUCUCGCUUGGACGGUGGUGGGGUGCUUCGAGCAGCUGGCAGGAUCGACGGCCUUCCCCGCGUGACGCAACAAUUGGCACAAGGCCAGAGAUCCACAAUGAGACGAUGUGGGCCACCACUUCCGUCUCAACAUGGUGGUGACGAGAGUCCAGAAAGGUAAUUCAACGGAAGGCUGCGUCCUUUAUUUUCAGAAGGAUCUCCAGCUACUCAUAGCUGCCGUUUACUUCAUACUAUUUUUGGCAGCUUCGAUACGGAUAGAUACCGAGCGACAAUGCGCAGCCUGGGCGAUCCAGAUGCCGCAGCCUUGGUUGUUAGUGCGAAACCCAACCUCACUCCCCUCUCCUCCCCUGCCGACUUCACCCACGCGGUACUAGGCGGCGGCGUAGUCGGCCUCGCCGUAGCCCAAACCCUGGCCCGCCAGCACCCCAUCAGCUCUACCCUCCUCCUCGAACGCCACACCUCGGUUGGCACCGAGACCUCCUCUCGCAACAGCGAGGUCAUCCACGCGGGCAUCUACUACGGCUCGUCCACAGUCAAGGCGGAGCUCUGCAUCCGCGGCAAGGCCCUCCUCUACGCCCUCUGCGAGUCCCACUCGAUCCCGCACCGCCGCACGGGCAAGUGGAUCGUAGCGCAGACCGACGCCCAGCUCGCGGCGCUGCGGCAGAUCCACGCCCUCUGCACCGGUGAGCUGGGCGUCCCCGUGCACUGGGUCGGGCGCGAGGAGGCUUCGCGCCGGGAGCCUGCCGUUCGCGCCGAACGGGGCGUCCUCGAGAGCCCGACGACAGGCAUCAUCGACAGCCACGCGCUGAUGAUGUGUCUGUUGGGGCUGUUCGAGGACGCCGGCGGGACGCUGGCGGUCGGGAGCGCGGUGGAAGGCGUGACGCCGCUGGGCGGAAACGGGAGCCGGGGAUGGGAGUUGACGGUGAGGGACGUGGCUAGCGGCAAAGUAUCGACCGUGACGGCCGAGACGAUUGUCAAUUCGGCUGGGCUGGGUGCGGUGGCGGUGCAUAAUAUGAUUGUGCCGCCUGAACGGAGGAGGGAGAUGUUCUAUGCCAAGGGAAACUACUUCUCGUAUGCGGCAUCGAGUCCCAAGGUGAGCACGUUAAUCUAUCCCGCGCCGGAGCCUGGCCAUGGCGGGUUGGGAACGCACUUGACGCUGGAUUUGGGCGGGCGCAUCAAGUUCGGGCCCGAUGUUGAGUGGGUCGACUCUCCCGACGACCUCACCGUGAACGGGUCGCGGUUGGAGCAGACGGUGAAGGAGGUGAAGAAGUAUCUACCUGGACUCGACGAGACACAGCUGCAGCCCGAUUAUGCCGGGAUACGGCCCAAGCUGGGGAAACAGGGUGCAGUGGCACAUGGCAAAGGGUUCGUGGAUUUCGUUAUCCAGAAGGAGGAGGGAUAUCAUGGGUGGAUCAACCUGCUGAACAUCGAAAGUCCCGGUCUAACGAGUUGCCUGGCCAUAGCAGAAAAGGUAGAGAAGCUUUUGUAUACAUAG